CCUUCUGGGGGUUUGUUUCCCAGAAUUCUUCAGGGUCUCGGUCUUUCCGGUGUGGUCGCCAUUAUCGAAAGCAGAAAUGGCAAUCCGAUACCCUAUGGCCGUUGGCCUCAAUAAAGGCCAUCCAGUGACCAAGAAUGUGACAAAGCCCAAGCACAGCCGUAGGAGAGGGCAACUGACCAAGCACACAAAGUUUGUGCGAGACAUGAUUCGUGAGGUGUGUGGCUUUGCGCCGUAUGAAAGGCGUGCGAUGGAGUUGCUGAAGGUGUCGAAAGAUAAGCGUGCACUCAAGUUCAUCAAGAAAAGGGUGGGAACGCACAUCCGUGCUAAGAGAAAGAGGGAAGAGCUCAGCAACACCCUCGCUGCCAUGCGUAAGGCAGCAGCCAAGAAGGAAUAAUGUUGUCAUAGAACAAAUAAAUAUUUCUGUUCCAACAA